AUGUACAGACAGGUACUUGUGCACCCGGACGAUCGUGACUAUCAAAGAAUUCUCUGGCGUCAACACACUGAUGAUCCCAUCGAAGAAUUUCGUUUGAGGACGGUCACGUUCGGAGUCUCCUCAAGUCCGUUCCUCGCUAUGAGGUGCAUCUUGAGAUUGGCGGAGGAAGCCAAGACUUCACAUCCUGUCGCUAGUGAAAUUUUGUCAGAUCAAAUUUUUGUUGAUGACGUAGUGACAGGAGCUUCUGAUCUGAACACAACUCGAACGGUGAGAGCUGAGCUCAUCGAUCUCCUAAGUCAAGGGUGUUUCGAAUUGCGAAAGUGGUCGAGCAAUAGCAAUGAAUUUUUAUCUGACUUGCCUGACGACGUCCGUGAAGGACCGUUGUCAUUUGAACCUCAAAAUGAAGGGUCCGUAAAGGUACUCGGUGUGAAAUGGAACCCUACUUCUGAUGUGUUCAUGUAUCAUAGCAGAAUUACCAACACUGAGAUGACAAAACGUGCCGUGCUUGCUAACAUAGCUUGCAUAUACGACCCCUGUGGCUGGUUGAUGCCAAUUGUAUUUAAGGCGAAGGCCUUCAUGCAAAGGUUGUGGCUUUUAGGGAUCGGCUGGGAUGACCCCUUACCUGAUGAUGAACAGAAUCAGUGGCUUGCUUUUAUUGGGGAGUUCUCCAGCUUAUCAGAUAUUAAACUAAGCAGAUUUGUCUUGCCUACUGAUGGCAGCAAAUUUUCUCUUCACGCAUUUUCAGAUGCGUCACUUAAAGGUUACGCUGCUGUGGUCUACCUUCGUGUCGAGAGGAUCAAUGGUGAAGUGGAAGUCCACUUGCUGUUAUCCAAGUCCAAAAUUUCUUCCUUGAAACAGAAAUUGACUAUUCCACGUCUAGAGCUAUGUGGAGCCCUCCUAGCGGCUAAACUUGUUAAACGUGCUUCAGAAUUGUAA